UGAUGCCAAAGUGGUGAGCCCAGAGAAGGGGAACCUGUGGGAUUGCCAGGAGCCCCAGCAGCCCAGAGAGGGGAACACCAAUACAAACCUGACCCGCAGCAACCCAGACAGGGGGGCCUCCAGGAGCCCAAAGUGGAGAGACCAGAGAGGGGAAACUAAGGGUUGGGGUUUCUUGCUGAAUCUUGGUCAUUUGUGUAUUUUGGGGGAAUAAAUCUUGGUGUCUUGGAGGCUUACAUGGGCACCAAAUUCCUGGUGACUUCUAGAGUGUGCAGGCACAGGGGCCCAACACUGGAACUGCAAUAGCUCAGGGCAAAGGUGACCAGAGUCAGAGAGAGACACCCCUCUGAGGACAAUGGUCUCACCAUCAGCAUUUUCAGGCUCAUGUGAAUGCAGCAGCUUCAUGGGUAUCACCCAGUCCAGCUGCCAUUUUUCCUUAUAUGUACUCCGCCUAGAAUGUUCUCCCCUCUCUUGGUCCCGGUUUACUGCAAUGCUCCGCCCCUGUUACCUCAUUGGUUCCCCAGUUGGCUGCCCCUCCUCUGCACCACCUGUGCUCAGUUCCCAUUGGCCCUUGGCCCUCAGACCCGCCCCUUUCCCCCCUUAUCAAACCCUGUGUCCUCAGCCCCAUUUUGUCUCUGUCCCUGGCCCCUCUACAUUGCAAUAAACUGCGUUUGGAGCUGUGCACACAGACCCGUCUCUGGCCUUGUCCAUCAGCAGGUUAAGCAAGCGUGCUCUGGGCUCUGGGAGUGCAGGUUGCUCAUAGGGGCUCAUUGUGGAUGUGCCGCAACACCAGAGAUGGACUUGGGCAGGAGGAACCCCUUAACCCAAUGUGCUUAUACAUUGUAUUUUUCCUCAGACCAGAAUUACCCAUUGCCAAACCUUGGCCGGAUGGAGGAGGAGGCUGUGAAGAAGAGGAAGAUGCCCCAGGACACCCAGGCAGACAAGGAGCUGAGGAUGGAGACCAGGGAGGACAAAUCUCCAAGGCAGAACCUCAUGGAAGAGGCUGUUUUGAGCAACACCACGGGGCAGGAAUCCAAGGGGGAGGAAAAGCCCCUGAGAUCCCACAGGAGGAGGGCCUGCAAAUCCAGCCCAGGAUGCUUUGAGGGGGAAAUGCCUACCCUGUGCCAGGAAUGUGGGCAGAGCUUCAGCCAGAGCUCAGAGCUGGUGGCUCAUGAGCAGCUUCGUGAUGGGGAGAAGCCCUACAAGUGCUUGGAGUGUGGGAAGAGCUUCAGGCAGAGCUCCCACCUGAUCAGACACCAGAUGAACCACACUGGGGAAUGGGCCUACAAGUGUGGGGAGUGUGGGAAGGGCUUCAGCUGCAGCUCAAAACUUGUCAACCACCAACGCAUCCACACUGGGGAGAGGCCCUAUGAGUGUCCUGUGUGCCAGAAGAGGUUCCAAACCAGCUCCAAUCUCCUCCUGCAUGAGAGAAUUCACAUACAGGAGAGGCCCUUCCGUUGCCCCGACUGCGGGAAGGGCUUCAAGUACAACUCCCACCUCAUCAGACACCAGCGCAUCCACACUGGGGAGAGGCCCUACGAGUGCCCCAUUUGUGGGAAGAGCUUCACCCACAGUUCUAACUUAACCAGACACCAAAGGAAGCACCAGUAAGGGAAGCCCUGCAAAUGCCCCAGCUGCAGGGAGAGCUUUGUUCCUGGCUUCAACUUCAUAAUCAAUUGAAGUACCCAUGUUGGGAAGAGACCUGUGAUCCAUGUUCACUGUGAUCCAUGCUGGGAAGACAUCUGUCCCUUUUCCUGCCCCUGCACCACAUGAUGUGGGAUCGAAGAACAUGAGGGUCUGGCUAGGGCCGUGUCAUUAUAUUCACUCUCUUCUCAGGUCAUUGCCAGGGUCACGGAAGGGUCUCUUUCUCUCUCCCUGAGGAGAAGGGUGUCCUUCCCAGGCAGGAGGAAAUACAUGGCCAGGAUGGCCCAGUGAGUUGUGUUUUGGUUUUCCCUGUGGAAAGUUUUUCUUUUCCCUUCUGUUACCAGUAUUGAUUCUAUUCCUGUUUGUUGUUUGUCUCGUAGCUGUUCCCAGUAAACU